AUGUCUUUCACAGCAAACCCCCGCGCCCCCAAACCCGAUCCCAACAACAUCCCCCAAGAACCCACGGGCCCCGUGGCCUCGGACUCCCUGGCUGCCGAAUCGCUCAAGAGCCAAGGGGCGUUCUCGGAAAACAGCUCUGCGGCCCCCUUGGGCGUACGAGGCGAUCAAUCCACGCUCAACAACACAGACACCUCGGGAGCAACGACGCUGCCUCCAGCCGAGACGGGCACCGAGCGUGAGGUCAGAAAUGCCCUGGGCGCAGGACCCGAUGAGAAGGGCGCUGCGGGACUAAAGUACCCUGACGCAGUGGGCAAACCACAAUUUGAUGGGGCGCACAGCGAGCAAGGUUUUGUGGGUGGACCAUCGAAUGCUUCCCAGCAAGGCGGAAGUUCGACUGGCCGGCCAGCGGGAGAUAGCGACUUUGGUGCAUCAACCACAUCGUCCUCCGCCGGUGGUAUUGACUCUUCCCAAAUCCGCUCUGGGUCGGACGUCAACACCAACAACAUCACCUCUUCUUCAAAAGGCAGCAGCGGUAGUGGAGGCCCAGCCGCCGGCACAGGCGUCCGUCCCCACGUCGACGCCGCCCCGACUUACGCAUCCACCGUGACCAGGGACGCCUUGCCAGAGAACACAUUCAAGCCCAAGGGCGCCAACCUCGAUGACGCAGACGUCUCGCAGAGCAUCCCGCAAACAAAAACCUUUACGGGAGCCAUCGGCACCGUCAACGACCCCGGACGCCUCGCUGAGCGUGAAUUCUUGGGCCGCAACGAAGAUCCCAUCGCCGAACUAGGCCAGGCUGGAGAGGAAGGCGGCCGGGUUAGACAGAAGGGCCAGGAGAGCCAGGCUGGUGACCAGGGACAGUAUGGCGUCCUGCAGAGCGAGAGGGCCUAA